AUGGGAGCAGUGUGCUGCAAAGGGGAGGAACUUGAUUUCUCGAAUCAAGUUGAGCUUUUCCAUUUCUAUCUACUACGGGUCAUUGGCAAAGGCGCAUUCGGCAAAGUCCACCUUGUCCAACACAAAGGCACCUUGCUCGAGUACGCCCUGAAAUGUAUUCACAAGGACAAAUGCGUCGAACUUCGAGCAGCCAACAACAUGAUUUCCGAACGACGUUUAUUAGAACGCAUCAACUAUCCACUCAUUGUCAAUUUGCGAUACGCCUUCCAGGAUGAUGACCACUUGUUCAUGGUUCUCGACCUUAUGCUUGGCGGUGACCUUCGAUUCCAACUUGAACGCAACGGCCCACUCAGUGAACUUCAAGUACGCUUUUAUGUCGCCGAGAUUGCUCUCUCACUAGCGUAUUUACAUCGACGACGCAUUGCUCAUCGCGAUCUUAAACCAGACAACAUCUUGUUGGACGAGGACGGCCAUGCUCAUCUCAGUGAUUUCAAUAUUGCUACACAGUUCAAUGAUAAGCGACCCCUGCGAUGGUCAAAAGCAGGCUCAUUAGCAUAUAUGGCACCAGAGACUUUGGAUAAGCGUGGUUACUCUACAUCCGUGGAUUGGUGGAGUUUGGGUAUUAUGGCAUAUGAAUUACUCUUUGGCAAGCGCCCAUUUGCAGGUUCAACCAGUGACGAUGUUGUGGACGCCAUUCUCAAUGAUCCUCUUACUUUUCCGGAAGAUGCUCAGCAACAUGUGUCUGAAGAAUGUCUUGAUUUGAUAUCCAAGCUCUUGAACCGAUCGCCGUUUGAGCGUUUAGGCUGUGGCCCUGGAGGUUUUGACCAAUUCAAGGCACAUCCUUGGUUUCAUGGUUUGCAGUGGAAUCAGUUGGAGAACAAAGAAGCCACGCCGCCUUUUACUCCUAGUAAAAAGGAAUCUAAUUUCGACGCUGUUCAUGAGCUUGAAGAAUUAUUGCUAGACGGUGAACCUUUGAGACCACGAAAGCGAGCAUCAAAGUCAACAUUUUCAGAUGCUGAUACCUUAUCUGAAGCAGCACGUGCACGACAAUAUCUUGAAGAAAAGUUUUUACCGUUUGAUUGUACCAAGCAAGAGAGUUGGGGACAAUAUCGUCAUCAUCACCAUGACAGCAUUGAAGCGGAGACCAACUCAGCUGUACGAGGUGUAGUGACAGCAGCAGCAGCAGCAGCAGCAACAACAACCACAGCAGGGGAUGAAUCCCGAUUACUGCGACGUAUCGGAGGUGUGUUGAAUGAGCAUAUCGACAAUGCAAAGUAUCGUGGCCAGGGGUACAUGCCAGCCCCAGUUGAGAUGGAUGAAAGCGACGAUGCAAGUAUCACACGACUUUCGACAAAAGCAUUGGUGGAUAAGACUGUAUGA